CGCUGAUGCGACACUCGUGUGAGUGAGUGAGUGCGUCAGAUUUCUGUGAAAGAAAAACAGGAACUUCUCUGACAGAAACUUCACGUUGUUGCGUCAGAUGGUCGCGUUUUCUCACGUGUUUCCUAUGAAGAAGUUGGGUUUUUAUUAAUUCCAUGGUCGCGGGUCGGUGUUGAGGAGGAAGCCGGAGUUCAGGUGCUGUUGAGCGGACACUUUGAGAGACCUGCCCCGGAAACAUGCUACCAUCCCCGGUCCUGCUCCUCCUGCUCAGCCGGGCUGCUGCUGUUGCCCUGGUUCCGCCUCCGACAAACGUGGCGCUGAGCUGCCAGAAUCUCCACGUCGAGGUCAGAUGGGAGUACAGCGAACAGCGACCACAAACCAGAUUCAGAGUACGCCUCAUUGGAUCUGAAGGGGGAUACGAUGAGAGAGAAACCACAGACCACCAGUACAACCUGAGCGACUUCGUCUGGGGGUCCAAAGAGAGCUACAUGGACCUCCAUUACGUCACCGUGACCGCCGUAGAGGGAGGCAACAAGUCCGAACAAGUAUCAUCCAAAACCUUCUCCUUUAAUGAUCUAAAGACGGUUGGGAUAAAAUGUGAACUAGACUUCCCCCCCGUGGACGUGGACCCGAAGGAUCCGGACGCCACGGUGAACUUCAGCAACCCCGUCCACUACUACAGCAGACUGCAGCACGCCACCAAGGCCGGCGCUACCUUCAAGUUCACGGUCUCUUCCAGUGGUGUAAGGGGCGCGUCGAAUGGCCUUGUCCGUUUCACCCUCUUCAUCAUCAUCAUCCUCGAGACGAAUCAGUCGCCCGUGGGUGUGCCGGGGGCCGGCGGCCACCAGCUCCGACGGCACCGCCGGCUCCUUCAGGUGCUGCAGGUAGUUGUAGUCGUCAUCGAAGAAAACGCCAAACUCCCUCUGCUCCUCGCGCCUCUUCUCCGCGUCCACCUGAGAAACCUCAAAAGCACAACGUCACGGCAACGCAUUAGACAAACACCUCUAGACCCCCCCCCACCCCCCAAGAGAAGGAGGAGUGGCCUAACCACUGAAAACAAACUAACAACCAACGACGAGCCAGGUGAUGCGUACCUUGUUGGCGUGCAGCAGGACGUGUUGCGGGGCGUUCUCAUCUGCAGCCAGCGGGUCCCUCUGACUCCUGUGGACGAGGUGAAAGGUCACGGCCUUCUUCUUUUCUAUGAACGACUUCUUCUUCCGGCAGAUUUUGACGGGUUUUGCAAGAAGGAACAGGAGAAGUGCAACCUGACAAUCCCGUUUCCGGAGGGGGGGGAGAAGUGCGUCCGCCUGAAGGGACGCUUGUUUGACCAGAGAGGUGUCAGCUCUGUGUUGUUCAGACAGACGGGGGACAUCUGCGCCACUCGGUCCACUGAGCUCAGUAUGAUGAUCGUGCUCGCUGUGGUGCUGUCAGUCAUCCUCUUCGCUGUAACCACGGUGAUUAUUAUUGUGAUCUGCAAAGUUAGAGCCUGGACGAUGAAGCCGCGCGGCCUUCCCUCGUCUCUGGUGGACUUUAAAGCUGCAGAUAACCCCAGGGACGGGGACUAUGAUCCUGUGUCCCACACAGACUACAGUCUGUUGACCGUCGUCCCCGCCGAGCCCUGCAAGACCACGUCGGUCAGCUCCGAGGACGGGGACAGUCUCACCGAGGACAGGCUCACCGAGGACAGCUGCUGCUGCUCGGAGGGAGAACUUGGAGAGGGAUACGGGGGAGACCUGGAGGAGGAGGAGGAGGAGGACGACGAGGAGGACGAACCGUCUCCCUACGACUGCCAACACAACCUGCCACACAACUUGCAGGUGGACAUGGGGGACCGGGACAUGGCCACGGGUUACACCUAGUCCACUUGGGAUUUUAAAUGUGCGUCUGAUCCAGGAUCGGCCGUCGGUUCGUACCUCGAGGCUAGCUA